AUGGCGAAUGACGGCCUAGAUCCAUCCAUAUACCAAGGCGGAUCGUCCUACAGCGGGAAUGUCACCGUGCAUGGAGGACCCUUCCACCAAGGCAAUAUCGUCAACAUCCAGCAGACGGCCAACCGAUGCCUCAUCGACCUCUGCGUCACCGACCCGCGCCAUGACAAGAAGCGCGUCCAGGACACCAAGGGCGGCCUGCUCGCGGACUCGUACGUCUGGGUGCUCGGCAACCCUGACUUCCGCCAAUGGCGCGACCACGAGGACCAGCGGCUGCUCUGGGUCAAGGGCGACCCGGGAAAGGGCAAGACCAUGUUCCUGUGUGGCAAUGUCGAUCAUCUCGAAACGAGGCUCGCCCAAGGAAGCCACCUAGCGUACUUCUUCUGCCAAGCUACCGACGAGCGCAUCAACAAUGCGACGGCCGUGCUGCGCGGCUUGAUAUACAUGCUACUCGACCAAGACGCCUCCCUCGUAUCGCAUAUGAAGAAGAAGUACGAUAUUGCUGGCGAGGGGCUGUUCCAGGGCGAUAAUGCUUGGUAUGCGUUAUCCGAGAUAUUCACGAAUAUGCUCCGCGACCCGAAGCUGCACGUCGUCUGCCUCGUUGUCGACGCACUGGACGAGUGUAUAGGUGGCCUACCGCAGCUGCUCGAGUUGAUUGUCGAGACCUCGCAAGCAACUUGCGCUAAGUGGCUCGUCUCAAGCCGCAACUGGCCGCAGAUUGAAGAAGAGCUGUCCAACGUGGCACACAGGCUAUCACUCGAAGUCAAUGCGAAGUCGGUCGCAGCGGCUGUGGACAGCUACAUCUUGCACAAGGUGUCCCAACUUGUACAACGGAAGAGCUAUCGAGACAACACCGCCGACGAAGUACGCCAGUACUUGUCGUCAAACGCUGACGGCACUUUUCUCUGGGUCGCCUUGGUCUGCCAGGAACUUGCGAAGACACGCCAAGGGAAUGCUUUACAGAAAGUCAAGUCUUUCCUGUCGGGUCUCGAUUCCCUCUAUCAACGGAUGAUAGAUCAAAUCCACAAAUCGGAAGACGCCGAGCUUUGCACGCAGGUGCUUGCUCUCGUAGCAACGACCUAUCGCCUACCCUCACUUGCCGAGUCCACCACGUUCAUCAAAGAAGACGGCAGCACGGUAGGAGAUGCCGAGUUACUAAAGGAGAUUGUCAGUCUCUGCGGCUCGUUCCUUACUAUUCGCGAGGACAUAGUCUACUUCGUCCACCAGUCGGCAAAGGACUUCUUAACGAAAGAGAAAACGGUCAUCCUUUCCCCCAAACAGCAAGUAGCCGUCCAUGGCCAAAUCUUCUCCAGGUCGAUCGAGGCCGUAUCCCAGACACUGAAACGUGACAUAUACGGACUGCACGACCCGGGCUUCCCUAUUGAGGAUGCUCCGGGUAGGGACGACAGCGUACAAGAGUACGGGGCGGCAGACAGGUUCCUGCGGGGAAAGGGUCUCUACUGGAUCGAGUCGUUGAGUCUACUCCGGAGCAUGUCGGAAGGGAUGCUCGCAUUAGAGAGGCUAAUACGGCAUUUGCAGGUCAAGUGCAAAACAGAGUUAGCGGAACAAUGGAGCGCGUGCGAAGCGAUCCUCGAGGGCCAUACCUCUCCCGUCUUCUUGGCGGCCUUCUCGGCCGACGGGCGGCGCGUCGUCUCGGCGUCUGACGACGAGACCGUCCGGCUCUGGGAUGCGGCCUCGGGCGCGUGCCUUUCUUCAUAUGAGGUCGGCUACAACUCCACCGUUUCGUUCGAUCUGACCGGCACCCUAAUCCAUACCGACGCGGGCGACAUUUGCAUAGAGGAGUCGAUUUCCUUGGAUAUCGAUACGUAUCCCCAAAAGCCUGCGCAACAGGGAGAUUACGUUCUUAGUCCCGAUCGGGCUUGGAUUUUACAGCAUUCCAAGGAGGUCCUCUGGCUCCCUCCCGAGUACCGGCCAACUGAGUCUGCCGUGUUUACAACAGAGCGAGGCACGAACCUUGUUCUCGGUUGCUCGUCCGGUCGGGUCUACUUCUUUCAUUUGUCACGUUUCUAA